AUGGUUCUUUUGACAGACCUUUCCAACGAGCUGCUAGAGGAGAUACUCCUCCUUGCGACCCGUGGUGAUCAGGAAUGCCUACGGGAAGUUAAGUGGCGAAGAGAAUGCGAAUCCGAAGUUGCAUUACUAGCUCUGCACCUCUUGAGGCAUCCCCAUCAUCGCUCGCUUGUACGAACCUUGGAAUUCAACAGUCUGAGUACCCCGCAUUCAGUAGGAAGAGUCCCUUCAUGGAGCCCUAUCGCGACCCGGGUGGGCCCACGGUCAGAGACCCUAGCUGAGCUGGCCGAAGCAGCGGAACGAACUUUCCCGCCGAAUCUUGCCAGUAGAUGGAGUCAUCGUAUUAGAAACGGCUGUGCAGAUGCUAUCGCUGCCUUGAUUUUGGCCUGGUCAACUCGAGUUACCGAAGUGGGAUUCGCGCUUUCACCAUUCACUCAAGAGGACGACGGUCUGUAUCUUUCGGAUGACGAAGUGUAUCAUUCGGAUGAUGAUGAAGUGGAAUUCGCCCUUCCAUCUCCGACCAGAGAGGAUGACGAUAUGGAGCAUUCCAAUGGCAUGAUGAUGCAAUUCAUCAAUUGGGCAGCCCAGAAUAUCUCCACAACGGAAAGCGAAGACCUGUCUCUAUCUGAGGUACAGCACCUGCGAAUGCGAACCAGGAUGAAUGGCUAUGGCGAAACGGAACUAGCAUCAUCAGUCUUUCAGUUGCCGAAAUUGAACACACUCGAAACAUUGGGACUUAAAGUCAGCGGGGAUGAAGUUCCUAUCAUUCCACAAGAUGAUCACGGGAAAUGGAUUAUGGAAUGUCAUCGGCGCGUGCUGGAUCUUGACCUGAACAACUCGCCCAAUUUCUUUGGCAGCAAGAGACAAAUGUCAAACGCCAUUCUUCGCCAGGCUGGAUCGAUCAAAGAAGUUUAUCUAAAAUUUCACAAGUGGGGUCUUCAUACACUCACAGCCGACGUCAAGGAUUUGCUCCCAAGUCCCGAAGGCCCAAUCACGCCAGACUUUCUCGUUACUAGGCUGCCAGUUUCCAUCAGGGAACUAACAAUUAAUUGGUACACUGUGGAAAUGGGUAGUAGUCUGGGAACUAUCGCCAUAGGUACGGGUGAAGUUGACAUUUGGUUGGGCAUUGUCGAAGUCCUCAAGGUGUUACUACCCGAAGCUAGGCCAGGUUACAAAUUCAGCAACCUGAGAUACCUCGAUGCUUCGGAGAUCCUUUUGGGGUCUGAUGAGUUGCAAAAGGUUGUGAAAAUUGGGGAAUCGAAUGGUCAACAGAAAAAUGACUUUAUAGCCGAGUCUGACGAUGACAUGUCUUUUGAUCCGCGCGACAUAGGUAUUCGGGAUACAGACUGA